CCCACUCCUUCUCACACACACACACACACACACACACACACCCAUAGCCAGCAGCUCAAUCCCAGUGAGGCUCAAGCCCCUCCCUGCAUCAGGCACCCAGCCUCUCCCUGACACCCCUCUGCCACUCUUAGCUGCCCAAGGCACCAGCACAGCUUCUCCCAUCAUGGCAGACUCCUGUUUUUCUGGGCCCUGUGUUCCCACAGCCUCAGCCGCCUCAGUCUGCUCCAGUGAUGUGAGUUGUGGCAGCAACAUCUGCCUGCCCAGUUCUGGCAUGGGCUCCUCCUGGCAGCUGGACGACUGCCCAGAGAGCUGUUGUGAACCUGGCUGCUGUGGGCCCUCCUGCUGCCCUGCCCCAUGCUGCACACCAGCCUCCUGCCUGACCCUGGUGUGCCGCCCAGUCUGCUGUGUGCCUGCCACCUGCCAGCCAGUGUGUGCACCCAGCCCCUGCCAGUCUUUGUGCACCUCCUCCUGCUCCCCAGACUGCUGCCAGCAGUCUUGCUGCCAGCCCAUUGCCUGUGGGGCUUCCUCCUGCCAGCAGUCCUGCUCCCCAACCCCUAGUUGUGCUGCCUCUCCCUGUGCAGUGCAGUCCUGCUGCCUACCCCUCUGCUGCCAGCCCAGCUGCUGCAUUGCCCUCCCUGUGUGCUGCAAGCCCAGCUGCUGUAUGACCACAGCCUGUGCUCCAGCCUCCUCCUGCUGCCAGCCCAGCUGCUGCCGCCCUGCCUCCUGUGUGUCCCUCCUCUGCAGGCCAGUGUGCAGACCAGCCACCUGCUGUGUGCCUCUCUCCUGCAAACCCUCCUGCUGCACCACCACCUCCUCCUCCUCCUGCUGCUGUGUACCCUCCUGCUGUCCAGCCACCGGCUGCUGCCGCCCUUCCUCUUGUGUGUCCCUCCUCUGCCAGCCCACCUGCUGCAAGCCUGCCUGCUGCACUGCCACCUCUGGCCAAAAAUCCUGCUGCUGAACACAGGGCACUUGGCCUUUUCCACCCCUGACCACCUUCUGUCAGCCUCCUGCAUACAGCCCCCAAAACAUCAGGCUCAACAGGUCCACCAAGCUGAGCAAAUCACCCAACCCAGCCCACCCAGGGUCUCCCA